AGCGCUGCUGAAUUUAACCCUAAGAUCCCCGCUGUUCUGCAGAGGGGUUUGCGGGGAGCACUUGUGCCACGUCUACUAGGACCGGGAGCCAUGAACUUGGCCGGGCGCAGACCCUCCCUCAGCCCUUAAACGACAUCCUCGUAGUCAAAGCAGGCGUUGAUUUCAUGUAGUCAGGAGGCGCCCCCCGCCCCCGCCCCCGCGCGGUUCGCUUUGGAAGGCCGGGUGCUGCUGGCCGGGCCACCAUGAGACCGGUCCUGUGGUCAGCCCUCCUGGCCCCCCUGCUGGCCCUGGCCCGGGGGGCGCUGAUCCCGGAGCCCGAGGUGAAGAUCGAGGUGCUCCAGAAGCCUUUCAUCUGCCACCGGAAGACCAAAGGCGGCGACAUGAUGCUGGUCCAUUACGAAGGCUACUUAGAGAGAGACGGGACCUUGUUCCACUCCACCCACAAACAUAACAAUGGCCAGCCCAUCUGGUUCACACUUGGCAUCCUGGAGGCUCUCAAAGGUUGGGACCGAGGUCUGAAGGGCAUGUGUGUGGGGGAGAAAAGGAAGCUCACCAUCCCCCCUGCCCUUGGCUAUGGAAAAGAAGGGAAAGGUAAAAUUCCCCCUGAGAGCACACUGAUAUUCAACAUCGAUCUCCUGGAAAUUCGAAAUGGACCGAGGUCCCAUGAGUCAUUCCAAGAGAUGGAUCUUGAUGAUGACUGGAAACUGUCUAAGCAAGAGGUUAAAGUCUAUUUGAAGAAGGAGUUUGAAAAGCAUGGGGCAGUGGUCAACGAGAGUCACCACGAUGACCUGGUAGAAGACAUCUUUGACAAAGAAGAUGAAGAUAAAGACGGGUUUAUAUCUGCCAGAGAGUUUACCUACAAGCACGAUGAGCUAUGAACACCCCCCGCAGGGCACGGCCCAUGGUGGGUUGAGUUUUUGAGCCUUAUUUUCUAACUAUGUUGAUUCUGGCUUCAAAUUGAUAUUUAUUCAUAGGAAAGAAGUGAUUGUCUCCUGCUGUGGGUCUUUGACUCUUACAAGAAAUCACUGGAGAGGGGCUGCUGACGGCCCCUUCUCCCUAAUGAGCUGUGAACCCAUUUUGCUGAUGAGGACGCGGACAUUCUUAGAGGGACACCUUUUGUCGGAGGUCACCUGGGGCCUCUGAAUCCGACUCCCGGGUUUCCCAACACACCCUGACCCCUCGUAUGUGAGCCUCUCAUUCUCACCCCUGCAGCCUGACAUUUAACUAGCUUGCUCAUAAUUUUAAAAUACGGCGGCUGUAAACACGCAUCAGCAUCAGACUUAAUUAAAUCACAAAUCACACCCUUGGCUUUCUCCCACCCACCAUUUUCUAGAAGUGAAAUGCAUUCUAUUAGGAAAAGCCAAGCCUGUCAGAUUUUUUUUGGCUUUUGAAUUGUCUGUGUGAAGGACUGAAAAAAAUGUUUAUUCAGAUUUGUUUGUUCCAAAUGUUGCUUUAUUUUAAAAAAUGUGAGUGGCUAAAAUGGUACAGAAUUUUUAAAAAUGUGCACUGUAAUACUCAAAAAGACAUUUAUUAAAUGCCUACUGUGUACCUGGCACUGAGGAUAAGAGAAAAAGAAAACAA